AUGGCUCACAUGUUGCCCUGGUUGCUGCUGUGGCUGGGGUCUGGCAUGGUGCGAGCCAGCCAGCCACAUCUGGGGAUCCGGGUGCCUCUGAGGAAUGGGAUGGGGACCUUGCAACAGGCCCACAGGAUGCAGCGCUCAGCUGAGGAGGAGCAGGAGGAUUCCAGACAAAGAAGCAGUUUUAUGAAUAUGAUAGAUAACUUGAGAGGAAAAUCUGGACAGGGCUACUAUGUGGAGAUGACUCUAGGAAGCCCCCCACAAAAGCUGAACAUUCUGGUGGACACGGGGAGCAGUAACUUUGCCGUGGGGGCAGCGGCGCACGCCUUCCUGCGGAGGUACUACCAGCGACAGCUGUCCAGCACCUACCGGGACUUGCGGAAAGGGGUCUACGUGCCAUACACCCAGGGCAAAUGGGAAGGUGAACUGGGGACAGACUUGGUCACCAUCCCCCACGGCCCAAACGUCACCGUCCGCGCCAACAUCGCUGCCAUCACAGAGUCCGACAAAUUCUUCAUCAACGGGUCAAACUGGGAAGGGAUUCUGGGGCUGGCCUAUGCCGAAAUCGCCCGGCCUGACGACACCCUGGAGCCCUUCUUCAACUCGCUGGUGAAGCAGACCCGGGUGCCCAACAUCUUCUCCCUGCAGCUCUGCGGGGCCGGCUUCUCUCCCAACGAGUCCGAGGCCCUGGCGUCGGUCGGGGGCAGCAUGAUCAUCGGGGGCGUGGACCACUCCCUCCACAUUGGCAGCAUCUGGUACACGCCCAUCCGCAAGGAGUGGUACUACGAGGUCAUCAUCGUUAAGAUGGAGAUCAAUGGGCAGGACCUGAAGAUGGACUGCAAGGAGUAUAAUUACGACAAGAGCAUCGUGGACAGCGGGACCACCAACCUCCGGCUGCCAAAGAAGGUGUUUGAGACUGCGGUGAAAUCCAUCAAAACGGUGUCUUCGACGGAGAAGUUCCCGGAUGGCUUCUGGCUGGGGGAGCAGCUGGUUUGCUGGCAAGUCGGCACCACCCCCUGGCACAUCUUCCCAGUCAUAUCGCUCUACCUGAUGGGCGAGGCGACGAACCAGUCCUUCCGGAUCACCAUCUUACCCCAGCAAUACCUGCGCCCCGUUGAGGACGUGGCCACAUCCCAGGACGACUGCUACAAGUUCGCCAUCUCCCAGUCCUCCACAGGCACCGUCAUGGGCGCCGUCAUCAUGGAAGGCUUCUACGUGGUCUUCGACCGCGCCCACAAGCGGAUCGGCUUUGCCGUCAGCACCUGCCACGUGCAUGACGAGUUCCGGACGGCGGCAGUGGAGGGGCCCUACGUGCACCCCAACAUGGAGGACUGCGGUUACAACAUCCCGCAGACGGACGAGUCCACCCUGAUGACCAUCGCCUACGUCAUGGCGGCCAUCUGUGCCCUCUUCAUGCUGCCGCUGUGCCUCAUGGUCUUCCAGUGGCGCUGCUUCCGCUGCCUGCGGCGGGACCACAACGACUUCGCCGACGACAUAUCCUUGCUCAAGUGA